UGGUCAGGCUCCACCCACAGCAGCUUCCAGGAACCUGUGACUUCAUGGUGUGGCUGCUUUUGCAGCCAUCACAUUUACUUUCAGGAAAAAAAGUUCCACAUUUUCAGCCAUCUUUAAAAUUAGCUCCCGGCGAGUUCAGGCCGCCAGGCGUGUCUGCGAUCGGCUGAUGGGGAUUCCGGUUUUUCCAGUCGUCUCCUCCCUGUUUAAGUUGCAGGAGGUCUGACUCCUCUUCAGUCUCAGCGGCAGCAGCGGCAGGAGCAGCAGGAGCAUCAGGAUGGCAUCCAACACAGCAACCAUGGGGAACCUUCCCAGCGGAACGGCAGUUUGUACAACCAUACCUGACAUCCUCUACAUCCCUGAACUGAUCUUUGGUGGUCUAGUGUGGAUCCUGGUUGCGUGCACAUACGUGGUGCCACACAACCCCCAGGCCUGGGUCAUGUUCGUCUCCGUCUUCUGCUUCCUUUUGACAUUCAUCUGGCUGCUGGUGUUCGCCUGCGGUUCCCACAACAACAGGGGCGUCUGGGCUGCUGCUGACUUUGCUUACCACGGGAUUGCAGCCAUGCUCUACCUCAGCGCUUCAGUGCACCUGGCUAAAGUGACUUUGGAUAAGAACAACCCCAUAACUGCAACAGAUUCAAAGAACUACAAGCUGGACAUCUCUGCUGUGGUGUUCUCGUACACAGCGACGCUCCUGUACUUCGUCCACACCAUCCUGUCGGCCAUUCGGUGGAAAUCUUUCUAAAAAGUGUCCCUCCUGCUGAGCUGCAUCUCACGUAAACAGCAUUUAUAUUUCUCCGCACAAGUCAUGAAGAGGAUGCAACACCCGGCUCAUCUCAGCAGGACUCUGUGCUGUUGCACAGCUCUGAUAGAUUCUGCUGCAUUGCUGUUCCGAGAUCAUAAAAAUGACUCAAAAACCAAGUUUAAGGGUUAAUUUCCUCUGAAAGUCUCAUCAAAUGUUGUAAAACCAGUGAUUGCUACUUUCCAUCUGACAUUUAUUUAAAAUUGUUUUGUGUUUUUUUUAAUAUCUCACCUUAAGAACAAAUCUACAGUUUACAGCAAAGAGCUCCUAAAAGCUCCACCAAUCAGGUGCCUUUGUUUCAGCUCAGGUGUUUCUGUUAUGUUUAAAAAGUUUUUCCUUUAUUAAAUCCUUUUCUUUUGGAAUUGUUCUUUCACUUUGAAUUGAUUAAA